AUGGCAAGAUGGAGGAAGAGGGAGCUGAAGGGGGUGGUGUGUGGGCACGGGCGGGUGGAUGAGCAGCGCCCUGAUGUAUCGCAGGCUCCAACGCAGACGGCGCCGCGGAGGCAGAUAACACGCCAGGGCUGGGGUUAUCGGGAGAAGCAGGAGAAGCAGGAGGUCACGGCCUCUGAGUGCUUCAUGCAUCAUGGACACGCUAUUUCUGCGACGUUGUGA